GAGGAGAGCAAAGAUGCUGCUUGGCACAGACUAGAAGGCUGGCUAUAGCCGUGACAGGAAAGAGGACAGGUUGUGCCCAGGACAGAGGUGGGGGUUAUACAGUGAAGGACUGGUACUAACUGGAACAGGCAAAACAGUUACCCAACACACACUUAAUAUAUGACUAAGCGAUGGAAAGGUAUUACCUGGCUUUAGAUUAACCUGGGAAAACGAAGACGAGUAGUGCUACCUGAUACUUUACAAAGCCCCGUAUUACUUUCAAUAGAGGCAUUAACUUAGAAAGAGGACUAUUGCAUGAACAGAAAUACGAGAAGUGUCAUAAUCUGGAGUAUUUAUUAUACUAAAUUGUAUUGUAUGAGAUACAAAAAAGGAAUGAAGUUGAGACAACAAAACAUCUAUUGACUAAGAUAGAUAUACAAGUCAAUGGAAUGAAAUGAUCUUUCAUGUACAUUGCUGACCCUCCCAGCUUCAUCAAUGGCAAAUCCUCCGCCCUACUCCAAUGGACCAUAUCCAGGUUAUCCUAUCUCAGGCAACAAUGUUGUCUACCAACCAUAUACCAUUCAACCAGGUCCCCCUGCACCUUCUUAUAUAAUAGAGAGACGACCAAAUAAGUUCCCAUUUUCCUUCUUUUCAAGCCGUGCCUCAACCAUUUUUGUCUUCCUUGUCUUGAUCGUCGUCGUUAUUGGACUUGGUCUAAUAACAGCAUAUAAAUUAAAUGCAUUUGGAGGAUCCUCUUCCAACAACUACAUUGUAAGAGAAAAAUGUUUUCCCAACAAGACCCUAUGCAAUGGGAUAGCUGAGUGUGACAAAGGUGGAGAUGAGGCCGGAUGUGUGCGUUUUCGGUGGGAUAAUUCACUGCUUCAAGUCAUGUCUCGUACAAGGGAAAACGUAUGGUUGCCAGUGUGUUCCACAGGAUACAGCAAUAACUUUCCUUCAUAUGUUUGCCAACGGUUGGGAUUUCAAGAGCAACCAACCUAUGGGUCAGUGACCAUGAAUGACAAUUCCGAAAAUGUUGGCCUUUUUACCGCCAGGACAUCUGACACGAUCCAAGGAAGCUUGGACAGUGAAACUUGUCCCUCUGGCCAGUAUUUGUCGUUAAAAUGCUCAGAUUGUGGGAAACAGAUGGCUAGUAGUAGAAUUAUUGGGGGCACCUUGGCCAGUCCUGGAGAAUGGCUCUGGCAAGUCAGUUUACAAGUUCCUAAUGCAAAACGUUAUGUUCAUGUUUGUGGAGGAACCCUUAUCAACAGCAACUAUGUUUUAACAGCAUCCCACUGUUUCGGCAUCUCUAUUCCGAUUGAAGACUGGAGGAUUGUUGCUGGUACAAAUAAUUUGAACCAAGCUCGCAGCGUGUCUGGUGUUUCGGCUAUUAUAAGACAUGAGAACUACAACGCAGAUAAUGAUGAUUAUGACAUGGCUCUGAUUAAACUGAAAAACCGCUUUACUUAUUCAGCUACCAUCCAGCCUGCCUGUCUUCCAAUGACUAAUCAAAACUUUUACCCCAACACCAAAUGCUGGAUCACUGGAUUUGGUAAAACCGUUGCUGCAUCCGAGGAAACUUCCCAGCAACUGAUGAAAGCAGAAGUGACCAUCAUCUCUGAUUCAACCUGCAACAGUGUUAAUGUGUAUAAUGGCCAAAUCAGUGCGCGAAUGAUGUGCGCUGGAGAUCUGAGAGGAGGGACAGAUUCUUGUCAAGGGGACAGCGGAGGACCACUGGUGUGUUUGCAGGAAAAUCGUUGGUAUUUGGUCGGUGUGACUAGUUGGGGAACUGGCUGUGGGCAGCCGAAUAAACCAGGAGUGUACUCUCGUGUUACUGAAUUUCUAAGCUGGAUACACAACAAGAUGGAGCUGGAGAGGAACCAGUGACCUAUUUCUUUAGAGGAGUAAGAGAAUACGGCUUGACUGCGACUCUAGAGAACAAAGCACACUACUGAGGAGAAAUAAUGGGGAGUUCAGAAUACACUGUAUUAGUGACAUUGAAUACAUUACAUAAUACAGUGUCAUACAAUAACCUGUCACUCACCGGGGAACACUCAUAAAACAAAGCAAAGAUCCUCAGGAAAUGUCAGUGAAAUGCCAUUUGGAAGUACCUACCUUGUGAUUCUUGGUUAAUAAUCUUAGCAAUGAAGACCUUCUUAUGCAGACCUUCUAAGCACUUUAUGCCUUGGGCAAAACUGGAAGUAUUGGAGCUGUGUUUAUGGCAUAAUCUAUGUUGGCUACACAAAUGCUUGAUUUGAGCUAAAAUGAUACACAAAUCUGCAUGUCCCAGAGACCUAACAAGCAAAAAAUUUAAAUCUCUUACAGUAGCUGUGUGUUGGUCCAUAGCCACCGACAAAAAAGUGCUGCAAUAUAUUGACCUACCUAUCUGUGGAUUAAAACUGUGUUUAAAUGCUGCAGAUGAUACAUUAACAAAAUGCAUACACAAUGGCCCAGAUUCACAAAGCACUUACGCUGACGUAUAACACGUUACGCUGACGUAAGUGCCAAUGUGCGC